CUGUGUAUGUAUUAGUUUCUUGUACCUACGGAGCAGAGUUGCUCAGAUAUAUUAAUUUAAAAUGCUUGACUGGACAUAAAAUAACCACAGGAUAUUCAAAUAGCAAACAGAUGCUUGGAAAAAGGCAUUACUCUGUCCCUUCAGAAACUAACCGCUUAUUUAAUUUCAGGGUUUGCAAAAAUUUCCCCAUUGUCAGUAAGGAAACAGGAGACAAGAGAGGUGCUCAAGCUCUCUCCACAGGAAGGGAAGCUUCCUGUGUGCUAGGUGCUACUCCUGAGGGGAAAACAAAGCCCACUGAUAGUGGGAUACAAGGGACAGACGUAAUUAGAAAAGCGUGCACUAGUGAGUCCGAAUCUGUAGUACUAGGUCGGUGCUUGUUCUCGUGGCUACCUUUUGUAUGAUGUAGUACUCUUAUUUUUCUACUUGAAAACUUAUGAUCCAAUUCAGAGCUGUGUAACGCAACAGGUAAGACAUUAUUUGGCAUUUAGACCUUUUCGAUUGCUGAACUGUUUUUACCUUUUGAAGAAUAGCUCUCCCAAGCAAUCCCACAUUAAAACUAGUCUGUCUAACCCGCAGUUGGUGCAUAAGCACCCAUUAGCAAAGCCCGUGUUUCUGAACAGAGGUGGGGUUUCUUCCAAAACAGCAAAAAGGUGAUCACCAGGUCAGGCUUGAGGCUGCUUCUUCCUUGCGCUUGUGUAAGCAGGGAGCUGUAUGCAACAUCGAUUGUCUCCGUCCUGAUCCAAAACAGGGCUGUGUCACGGACAACCAGACUGGAUAACGUGUCAUUUUUGAGCCAGGGCAAGGAAACCACUGACUUAACACGUAUGAAAUAACCACAGGAAAGAAGGGGGAGAGCUGCUGAAGUCUGUGAACCCGGGGUUUCUGCUUAGCAUAAAACCCGCUGUGCUUGCCUGCCAGAACAGAUCUGUUCGCGGGAUUACCGAAUAAUUGCCUGGGCAAGUUCCCGCAGAUCAGGCUGCGGGUGCUCGAUUUGCCGUCAGCCAUAGCUGGAAUGCGCACGUUCCUCUUGGCACAACUUAAUUAACAAAAAAGCAUGUCUGCAGACAUCUUUCACCACUCUCCUUCCCUCUAAACGAUACGCCUUAAAGACAAACUGAUUAAAGCAGGAUAUUUCUUUAUUCCGCUGAGAUUUCCUUUUCUGCAUGGCUGAGCGGUGUGUUCCCGGGAGGGAGGCGAGCACCGCAGCUGCAGGCUGAGACCAGCUGCUGGGGCUGCAGGGACAGCCAAAGCCUUUCUGCAGUAGUCCUGCUGCAGGACGCAGCUUAAAGGGGUCUGGGGUACGUGCAGCGUAGCUGGCUGCCAGCCGGUCACUGGGCUGCAGGCGGUGAGGAGGGACGUGUUUUCAGACGAGGUGCGCCCGGGUGAUGGGAGCGGCUCUUCAGCGGAGCCCGCGAUCCGUCGCUCCCGCAGCCCCAGCUCUCCCCACAACAGCCCAAGUCCCCCCCGCAGGCCGAGAAGGCGGUGGGGUCGGGGCUCGGGGAGGCUGCUGCGGCGCGGUGCCUCUCGCCACCCACGGCCGGGGCGGCGGGACGCUCCCUCAAGAAACUUCCCGCCGCAGCCGCGCUCGCCUGCUCGGAGCCACCGCGCAUGCGCCGGACGGCGUCGCGGCAGAGGCGGCGGGGUCAUGUGGGCGGUGGACGCGCAGCGGCGGGCGGGCCUGGCUCUGGCGGCGGCGGCGGUGCUGGCCCUAGCCCUGGCGGCCUGGCGGCGGCGGCAGCGGCCCGUGCGGGAGGUGCUGUUCUUCCCCUCGCGGCCCAGCUGCACCGAGGAGCUGCUGGCCGAGGCGGCGGGGCCCGGGGCGGCGGCCCAGCCCUGCCCCUGCCCGCUGCCGCGCGGCGACUGCUCCCUCAGCCGCCUCCUGCGGCGCCUCCUCUCCGCCCGCCGCUCCCUCGAGAUCUGCCUCUUCGCCUUCUCCAGCCCGCAGCUGGGACGCGCCGUCCAGCUCCUCCACCGCCGCGGCGUCCGUGUCCGCGUCGUCACCGACGCGCAGUACAUGGGGCUGCGGGGCUCCCAGAUCGGCCGCCUCCGGCAUGCGGGGAUCCAGGUGCGCCAUGACCAGGAGAACGGUUACAUGCACCACAAGUUUGCGAUCGUGGACGGGAGGAUGCUCAUCACAGGCUCCCUCAACUGGACCACCGAAGCUAUCCAGAACAACCGAGAGAAUGUGCUGGUCGUGGAAGACGCCGAGUAUGUGAAGCCUUUUCUGGAUGAGUUUGAAAGGAUUUGGGAAGAGUACAAUCCCAUCAACUACAGAUUUUUUUCCAAAGACAAUAAAUGAUUUAGCUGCCUCACAGGGCUGGUAGAGUACUUAACAGCUAGCAUUUGUGGACUUUAAUAUUACAUAUAGCCAUCAUUGUAUUACCCAUCUGAGUGUAAUUUAAGUAAGUGCUCUCUACCCUGAAGUGCCACAGAUCCCUUGCUGUGGGUCAUUCCCGUGCUAGAGGGGCUGACCCAACUGGUUGGUGAGUUGUUUUGUGAGGAUAGGUGUGAUAGGACUGAUUGAUAGCACUUAAAGCUACAGGCAGGCUUUUGCCGUGCCCUGGCGCAGACAAGGUAUGUUCCUGCAGUGCUGGGUACGUGUUUCAGUGGCAAAAAGGACAUUUUCCAACUUGGGAUACUGCAGAAUGGAAUUGUAGCCCAAUGGCUCCUGUCCAGUAACUCUAAAGAAGAGUUAAGAGGGCUACAGCAAAGCUAGAGUUUGUAUAGAGAGAUUAAGCACCUUAGUUACAUUUCUUGUUGGCAUUCAUUGUUGAAAGUUUGUAAAAUGCAAUUUGUGGGAAAUACUAAAUUAGAAGUACAUUUUGAUUGUGUAUCCGUUUCCCUUGGUUUAAGAUGAGCAGAGUUCCAGUGUAAAAGUGUGAGAACAAAUACUAAUGACAGCUUGUCUUCCAGCAAGCAAGUGUAGGGAAGUCUGGAAAAAGAGAGAAACUGUUCUUUGGGGUCAGCUGGUCUUGUCUUGAGAGCAGACACGGCUGGAGUCGGGUCACCGGCUCCAGAGUGGAGCGGUGGGAGGAAACCCCAGUUCAUUCCGGUGGAGACACCGUGUCCUGCUCUGGUUCGGCAACUUCAACCGCCUGUGUUUGGCAGCAGCAGGGUGGGGGACAGCGAGUGAAUAGCAAGAGAUAAUGAAUAAUAAUAUGGUAAGAUCUCUGUCCCUACAGUUCAGGGUGGAACAAAGAUGGGUGUAAACUCAGGAAUUUCAAAACUCUAAAUAGCAUCUGUGUAAGAAUUACUUUAUACUGAAUAUAAAGUGCCUCAAAAUGAAAAAAAGUCUUAACAUUUUGUUACCAGUUUUGCUUGAUACAGCGGUGCUGUGAUUGGCACUAGUAAUAAACCAUUUUCACAGAAAA